ACCGGAUUGAAUGGGGAUGAGAUAGGGAAUGAUUUCAGAUCGGAAAGUGGGAAAAGUGGCCUGGGGCCUGUAUUUGAUUUUAUAGGUAAUUCCAUUGCACUUGGUGGCGUAGCAGCAAGCCUGAGUGAUCAGUCGUUGUGAACAACUGCGGAACCUUGUCAACAACUGCUGGGAAAACACGAUCGUUUUGAACUCUCCAAGACGGAUCUCCGGGAAACUGUACGAGUAAGAGGGAUUAAUACGGUUACGUACGUACGUCUCAAUAUUGAAACCACUCAAUUUUGGUUGCUCGUUUGUUUUCUCUUGAAGUAUUAGAGGUAUAUUGAAGCCCCACAUUCACAUCUUAUCGGUAUUCAACGUCAAUAUUUUCAAGACAGACAGCCAGCCAGCGAGUAAGAGUAUUUGUCAUUCAAGAAGUGUUUUGAAAUCUCUUCCUCGGGGCCGUUGAUCAAAGGUGUUUCUCUGAAUAUUGCUGGUGUACGCUCGUAUCUAAUUUUCAUAUUGGAAAAUGGCUGCAUUCGUUGCAAAACAGUUGGUCGGGAAUAAGAUUAGCAGCGUCAAAGGUGAGAUUAGCAAAGUAGCUGGUGGUGGAGAAGGAGAAGGAGAGAGUGCAGAGGCGACAGAGGAAGAGCUUGCCAUUGCUGAGGCAAGGAGAGAGGCAGAAGAAGAAAGAAAAGCUAAACAUGACAAAUUUGAAGCUGGUAGAGAAAUAGUCAGGGAUGAUAUCAGAAAAAAGUAUGGUAUAAAGAAAAAGGUAGUGGAGGAAGUUGAUCCAGAUGCUGGAAGGAUUGGAAGGAAGAAGAAGACUCCGCUAGAAAUGCAGCAGCAACAGCAAGCACAAGCACAGGCUGAUUCUGACGAAGAAGAGGGUAUUAUGGACAAGGUAUUAGGGUACUUUACGCCAAUCUCCGACAAGCUCAGCAGUUUAUGGAAAUAGAGCAUAGGAUUGAGGGAAGUGUAUGAGGAAAACAAAAGACAAAACAAAUGAAGGUACUCUCUUUGAGGUUUGAUGUACUAAGCUUAGCAACUAUGAUCCAUAGCAAAUAGAUACCCAUGUCUUUUUGUCUGUUUCUCUGUUUAAUGUCCACUGUGUCGUUAAUCCAUCACUGUUUCACACCUUUGAGGGCGCUUGUCUAUAUACCCCGGUACUUGUACUGUUUCCAAGCAGAUAUUAUUAUGGGAUGUUAUUGUCUUGUGGACUGGGCCAGUCAAUUGGUGAUAUUGACCCAGAGUACAAGAUUUCAUCGUAAUACAACCUAAUAUUAAUAGAAUUUACAACUAGCUGCUAUAAAAGCAGCAAUAUGUCUGUGCUUAACUAAGUCGGGAUUUGAUUUUCAUUGAAAAUUACAUGUAUAUGAAUGGUGUUUUGACAUUUGGUAUAAACGUUAGAUAGGAAAAGGUCCUUCAUUUUAAUACAUGUAUUACUCAACAUAUACUUGUCUUUGCCUGUUGUGUGUGAGGAAGACAGAGUUAUUUUGUUUUGUUUUAUCUCCACUCUCUGGAUUUAUAUCUUUGCAAUUUCUAUCCAUAAAGUAUAAUCCAGUUCUAAAAAUGCAUUACAUCUGCAUUUUGGUUCUAAAUCAGAAAAAUAAUAAACCACGCAAAUAAAACUGGACCAACAUUUAAAGUGACUUAAAUCAAAAACUUGAUUUGAAAAACUUUUUUUUCAUUUGUCUUAUUGGAGCAAAUAAGUAAGGAACUAAUAGACUUUUAGAGGUGUACUCUUUUGCAGUAAUUUCUGUCAUUACCUGAAAACUUGCAUGGUUUAACAAUGGAAACUUACAUAGUUUAACAAUGGAAACUUACUUGGUUUAACAAUGGAAACUUACAUAG